UGCACUCGUAAGCUGCUCCCAUCUUUUUCCUGAGCCAUGGAUAUGCUUCUCUGUUUCGUGGAGAUCUUCUCCAUCCUUUGCUGCUGCAUCAUCUACUACUACCACCUCCAGUCCAAGAAAACGAGCGCUUCGGAGCCGACCGAAUGGCCCGUGCUGGGUCAUCUCUUCGGGAUGUUCGCCAACAUCCACCGCUUCCACGACUGGGCCACCGACGUCCUCGCCGGCGCAUGGUACAACUUCGAAGCUCGCGCAGGGCUCACCGGCGUGCGGUUCUUCAUCACCUGCGACCCGUCCAACGUGCGCCACAUCUUCACGUCCAACUUCGCCAACUACCCCAAGGGCGACGAGUUCGCCGAGAUCUUCGACGUCCUUGGCAACGGCAUCUUCAACGCCGACGGCGAGUCGUGGCGCAGCCAGAGGGCGAAGGCCCAGAUGCUCAUGGCGGGCUCCCGGUUCCGCGCCUUCGCCGCGCGGUGCAGCCGCGACAAGGCGGAGAGGAGCCUCCUGCCGCUGCUCGCGCAGGCGGCCGACGCAGGCGCGCGCUGCGACCUGCACGACCUGUUCUUGCGGCUGACCUUCGACGUGACCUGCAUCCUCGUCUUCGGCGUGGACACCGGCUGCCUGUCGGCCGGCCUGCCGGUGAUCCCCUUCGCGCGCGCCAUGGAUGACGUGCUGGAGACGCUCUUCAUCCGGCACAUCAUGCCGAUCUCGUGCUGGAAGGUCAUGAACCGGUUGGAGGUCGGAACGGAGAAGAAGAUGGCCGUCGCUCGGAGGACGAUCGACAAGUUCGUCGCCGAGACCAUCGGGAAGCGCAGGGCCGACAUGCUCCGAGAAGGAACCAGUAACUCGGACGACUUGCUAUCAUCCUUCAUCAGCGACGACGACACGAGCAACGACGACGAGACCGAUGAGUUCCUGCGUGACACGACGGUGAACCUCCUCCUCGCCGGCCGCGACACGACGGGCGCGGCGCUGUCGUGGUUCUUCUACAUCGUCUCCAAGAACCCGCGCGUGGAGCAGAAGCUCGUAGAGGAGCUGGCGCCAAUCGCUUCCCGGAAGAAGGACGGCGGCGGCGACGGCGGCAUGGUGAUAUUCGACGCCGGCGAGCUCAAGGACCUGGUGUACCUGCACGCGGCGCUGUGCGAGUGCCUGAGGCUGUACCCGUCCGUGCCGUUCGAGCACAAGGCGGUGGUCGCCGACGACGUGCUCCCGAGCGGGCACGAGAUGAAGGCCGGCGACAAGGUACUGGUGUUCUCCUACUCCAUGGGCAGGAUGGAAGGCGUGUGGGGCAAGGACUGCACGGAGUUCCUGCCGGAGAGGUGGAUCACCAGCGAAGGGAAGCUGCGGUACGAGCCGUCCUACAAGUUCAUCUCCUUCAACGCCGGCCCGAGAACGUGCCUCGGCAAGGAGCUGGCGUUCGUGCAGCUCAAGACCGUGGCGGCCGCCGUGCUGUGGAACUUCGCCGUGGCGGUGGUGCCGGGGCACGUCGUCGAGCCGAAGCUGUCCAUCAUCCUGCACAUGAAGAAUGGGCUCGCCGUCACGGUCAAGAGGAGGGCCGGCCAUGGCCAGCACCAUGGAUAGCUCAUGAGCCGUCGGCCAUGGUCGAUCAUUUCGCUCGUGACGUCCUCAUCCAAGACCAGUGUGGCGUUGUCGUCAGCUAAAAGAAUGACGUACGCCACGUCUCCUCUUGAUCGUAUGGUACUACACGGUACAUGGAUUAAGCUACACGUAGGUGACACGUAUCGGCAUUCAUCAGUACGUAUAUGUAUCUGUCAACCUUGUGUUAUUUUUAAUGUUGGUAUUAGUGAAAGUUUAGCAUAUGCACGCCGCCGUCAUGCAUGCAUGUACGUAUAUGCAUGUUCGCUUAUAUUGGCUAUGUAUAGGUACGGUUGGUAUGUCACUGUUAGUGAUCUGUUUAUUUCGGUUGUACGCUGCUUGUUGCUUAAUUUGCGUUUGUUUGUUUCAUUUUUCCUAGAACUUGUACGUGCGGCGUAGGUGGAUAUAAUGUGCAAGAUUAUCCAUCAUGCAUAUGCCCUUAGAUUGUGAAUAACUUCAAUCUUCUCCAUGGAGAUGUGUUUUCAUCCUCAA